CAGGGUGAAAGCCAGUGGAAGGGGAAGAGACCCAGGGACACACAGCCAAUGUCAGAGAAGUCAGGGGGGCUGGGAAAAGCUGGGUGGAGGGGAUGCGCAGGGCCACGUGCGAUAUGCUGGCAUCCUGGAGCCCCACUCGCGGCAGGCGUGCAGCAGAAUGUUCCUCCAGGGAAGGGAGGGAGGCUCCCCGCCCCUCUCCAGGUCAGCUCCGGCGGUGCCGUCCUCCGUCUCCCACACCUCUCCUGCACACCGUGCCGGUGGCCCUGGGAGGACCCUGGCUGGGCCAGUAGGGACAGUGCCUGCCCAUGGUUCCGUCUCUGCCCGGCACCCAUACGGCUCCUCUCUCUCCAUCCCUCCUCCCCCUCCCUGUCCUUAUCUUUCCCUUCCGUCUCCAUGGCGACUCACCAUCUCGGCUGCCUGCAUCCCAGCCUCUGCCAGGGAUUCUGGGCCUGGCUCGGUCCCUCCCUCCUCCGGAGCCCUGGUUCCCGCAGUCCUGUCUCCUCCCCCUGGGGUGAGUCCAGAGGCAGCCUCCUCUUUCCCGACUGUCACAUCUAUUUUCCAGCGCUGACGAGUCUGGGUCGGCUCCUCUGGGGAGACCAUCCCCCACCCCCUCCACCUGCCACAGCUCAGCCAGCCCUUCCAGGAGGAAAGCCAUCCUUGCUGCAGCCCAGUGUCCCUGCUCGGGCCUCCUCCUGUCUCUGCCUGCAGACCUCUCCUCACUCCCAGCCCCCCAUGCCGAGGUCCGCCUUGUCAAUCAUCUCCUUUUGUCACCGGCUUGGCAAGCAGGAGAGAAAACGGAGCUUCAUGGGAAGCAGUCGCAACAGUUGGUCCCACACGCCAUUCCCCAAGCUGGAGCUGGGCCUGGGGUCCCGGCCCGCGGUGCCCCGGGAGCUCCCCGCCUGCUCCAUCUGCCUGGAAAGGCUGCGGGAACCCAUCUCGCUGGACUGUGGCCAUGACUUCUGUACGCGGUGCUUCAGCACACACCGCGUCCCGGGCUGUGAGCCGCCCUGCUGUCCAGAGUGCCGGAAGAUAUGCAAGCAGAAGAGGGGCCUCCGGAGUCUGGGGGAGAAGAUGAAGCUCCUGCCGCAGAGGCCUCUGCCCGCCGUGCUGCAGGAGACCUGUGCUGUGAGAGCAGAGCCACUGCUGCUGGUGCGAAUCAAUGCCUCUGGAGGCCUCAUCUUGAGGAUGGGAGCCAUCAACCGCUGCCUGAAGCACCCCCUGGCCAGGGACACCCCUGUCUGCCUCCUUGCUGUCCUGGGGGAGCAGCACUCAGGGAAGACCUUCCUUCUCAACCACUUGCUCCGGGGCCUGCCAAGCCUGGAGUCAGGGGAGGGCGGCUGGCCGAGAGGAGGGUCCCUGCAGGGGUUCAGGUGGGGUGCCAAUAGCCUUACCAGGGGCAUAUGGAUGUGGAGCCACCCUUUCCUGCUGGGGAAGGAGGGGAGGAAGGUGGCCGUGUUCCUGGUGGACACAGGGGAUGCCAUGAGCCCUGAGCUGAGCAGAGAAACGCGGACUAAGCUCUGUGCCCUCACCACGAUGCUGAGCUCCUACCAGAUCCUCAAUACCUCCCCGGAGCUGAAGGAUACAGACCUGGAAUAUCUGGAGAUGUUCGUCCAUGUGGCCGAGGUGAUGGGCAGGCAUUAUGGGAUGGUGCCAAUCCAGCACCUGGAUCUCUUAGUUCGGGACUCAUCCUACUCCAGCAAGGCAGGGCUGGGCCGUGUGGGUGACAUGAUCCAGAAAUCCUCUGGCAAGUACCCCAAGGUUCAGGAGCUGCUCCAAGGGAGGCGAGCCCGCUGUUACCUCCUGCCCACCCCGGCGCGGCAGUGGGCCACCAGAGGCCAGGGCAGCCCAGGCGACACAGAUGACGAUUUGGGGCACCUCUCCGCCUACGUGGCCGAUGUGCUGAGCGCCGCCCCCCAGCACGCCAAGAGCCGCUGCCAGGGGUACUGGAGCGAGGGCCGCCCCGUGGCCAGGGGGGACAGACGCCUGCUCACGGGGCAGCAGUUAGCUCAGGAAAUCAAGAACCUGUCGGGCUGGAUGGGGAGGACGGGGCCUGGGUUCGCCUCCGCGGAUGAGAUGGCCGCCCAGCUGCACGACCUGAGGACGGUGGAGGCCGCCAAGAAGGAGUUCGAGGAGUACGUGCGGCAGCAGGACGUGGCCACCAAGCGCAUCUUCUCUGCGCUCCGGGUGCUGCCCGACACCAUGCGCAACCUGCUGUCCACGCAGAAGGACGCCAUCCUGGCCCGCCACGGGGCGGCCCUGCUGUGCCAGGGCAGGGAGCAGACCCUGGAGGCGCUGGAGGCCGAGCUGCAGGCCGAGGCCAAGGUCUUCAUGGACUCCUACACCAUGCGCUUCUGCGGCCACCUGGCUGCCGUGGGCGGCGCCGUGGGCGCGGGGCUCAUGGGCCUGGCGGGCGGCGUGGUGGGCGCGGGCAUGGCAGCGGCCGCGCUGGCCGCCGAGGCCGGGAUGGUGGCGGCGGGGGCCGCGGUGGGGGCCACGGGGGCCGCCGUGGUCGGGGGCGGCGUGGGCGCUGGGCUGGCGGCCACCGUGGGCUGCAUGGAGAAGGAGGAGGACGACAGGGUGCAGGAGGGGGACCGGGAGCCCCUGCUGCAGGAGGAGUAACGGCGCCCAGGAGACCAGACCGAAGGGAGGAGAGAUGCCAGGUGGGAGGGAAGGAGGUGUGGGAGGGGAGGGCUUGGGGGUGGUGUGGAGCGCCCCACUGCCCUGGUUGAACGCCGGUGUCUGGGUGGCUGGCUGGGCUGGACUAUCCAGGUGGCUCCUGGAUGGAGGGGGGCCGCCCGGUCCAGGAGGCAGCGUCUGGGGGCAGUGGAUAGAGUGUAGGGCCUGUUUCUGGUUGCACACCACUGCUAACCUGCCAUGGUCCCCAGAUCAGCCUGACCCCGGAGUCUCCCACCAACAGCGAGUCUCCACCCUCCCCACCCUGGCUUAUUUCCCCUGAUGACCCUGGAUUGUAGGAAGGCUGAGCAGGCACCAUUCUGGAAGUCUCCCGUGGGUAGAGAGGAUCUGUCCCUUCACAGAUGGGAGAAGUCCCAGGUUGAGUGACCUCGGUGCUCAGAGUCAGGGAGCACAAAUGAGGGGCUGGGGGGAGAGAGGGAAGGAGGAGCCGCCAGGCAAAACCAAAGAGUCCAGGUAUGGUGGACAGUGGCCUGAACCCCAGAGGGGAGCCGCCUGCUCUAAUGACUCUCCCCAAAGCUGCCCCAGGAGGAUAAUGGUGGCCUCCCCCACCCUCUGCAGCCCCAGGACUCCAUGUGUACACUUUGGAUGGGGCCUCUGUAGAUGUUCCCUCACAGUUGUGUUCUUUGUCGAGCCUGCUCAGACAGCAGAGUGCCCACGUUGUUUCUGGAAUGCUGUCCCAGCAAUGGGUUAGAUGCCAAAGAAAUCACCAGUAAUUGCACUCUGAGCUAAACCAGAUGGCGCUUGUAAGUCGGUGAAAGUCCCACAAGGGACACCUUCCAUCCCGAACACGAACACGCCCUCUUUCCUGAACAUGUGUCUGCCUGAGACCUGGGUGCAGCGCCCCUCCCGACCCCAAGGAGCCCAGAGGGCCCAGCGCCCUUCCGUGGGACAGGAAAAUCCUGCUGGAAGACUUCUAGGCUAUUACACUGUAAAGUAUUCAUGGGUGCAUUCUAUGAAAAUAAAAUAUGUGUGCUUGAGUGUCA